GUGGGAGAGAAGUUUCGCACGAGGGCGCUACGCUUCCCCGCGCUCGUCUCGGGAGCGACGAUGGUGUGGUUCCGGCGCUGGCCACGGGAGGCGCUGCGUGUCGUCGCCGAGCACAUGUUGCGAUCGUUCGACGUGGCGUGCAGUGCCGAGACGAAACAGAGCGUCGUAGGCGUCAUGGCCGACAUACAACUGAGCGUCGAGCAGAGCUGCACCGACUACUUUCAGAGGUUCCGGAGGCUCACGCACGUUACGCCUGCAUCCUACCUGGCGUUCGUCGCCGGAUACAAGACGAUGUACGCCGCCAAGCAUGAGGAGAUCAAAUCACAGGCUGGGAGACUAAGCGUGGGGCUGCACAAGCUAGGUGACGCGUCGGAGUGCGUGGCCCAGCUGAGCGUGGAACUAGUGGACAAGGAAGCGGAGCUGAAGCUGGCAUCUGCCAACGCUGAUAAGGUGUUGAAGGAGGUGGCGGUGACCGCUCAGGAAGCGGAGAAGGUCAAGUCACAGGUGCAGGUGGUGAAGGACAGAGCACAGGCUAUCGUGGAGAGCAUACAGAAAGACAAGCUCGUGGCAGAGGCCAAGCUGGCAGCAGCCAAACCUGCCCUGGAGGAGGCGGAGGCUGCCCUCAACACCAUCAAACCUGCACACAUAGCUACAGUGCGUAAGCUGGCUAAGCCGCCACAGCUUAUAAUGCGGAUUAUGGACUGUGUACUGCUACUGUUCCAACGCAAACUGAAUCCUGUCACUAUUGACUCCAGCCUCAACUCCCUAAAGCCAUCUUGGAGCGAGUCUCUAAAGCUUAUGUCGCAGUCUGGCUUCCUGCAAGCCCUUCAGAACUUCAGCAAGGAUAGCAUCAAUGAUGAGACUGUCGAACUGCUGCUGCCCUAUCAGCUUGCUCCUGACUACAACAUGGAGAAUGCCCAGCGUGUGUGUGGAGACAUCGCCGGUCUAUGUUCGUGGACCUGUGCCAUGGCCUUCUUCCACGCUAUCAACAAGGAGGUGCUGCCACUGAAGGCAAACCUCGCCGAACAAGAGGUGAGGCUACAAACAGCCCUGCAGGAUUUAGCAGAGGCGGAAAGCCGGCUGCAGGAGAAACAGAGCGAGUUAGAUGCUGCCCAGGCCAUGUACGAGUCAGCGGUCUGCAGGAAACAGACACUAGUGGAUGAUGCUAAUACAUGCAGAAGAAAAAUGGCCACAGCAUCUGCUCUGAUCGAGGGAUUGGUAGAUGAACGACAGAGAUGGACAGAACAGGAGAAGCUUUUUCUACAACAGAUCGACAGAUUGGUUGGGGAUUCACUGGUGGCCACGGCAUUCCUGUGUUACUGCGGGCCAUUCAACCAGAGUUUUCGCAGUCAGCUGCUGGGUUGUUGGCAGACAGAACUGGAGACACUGGACAUCCCGUUCACACACGACCUGCAGGUCACCGCCAUGUUGGUCAGCAGCAGCACAGUUGCAGAGUGGAACACUCAAGGUCUGCCAAGUGAUGAGCUGUCCAUACAGAAUGGCAUCAUCUCUACUAAGGCCUCUCGUUACCCCUUACUCAUUGACCCACAGGGACAGGGCAAGGCCUGGCUAAAAAACAGAGAGGCACAGUCCAGCCUACAGGUCAGUCAUCUGAAUCACAAGUACUUCAGGCAGCACCUGGAGGAUUGCCUGUCUCUCGGUAAACCACUUCUCAUCGAAGAUGUGGGAGAGGAGCUCGACCCAGUGUUGGACAAUAUUCUCGUCAAGAACUUUAUCAAGUCUGGGUCUACGUACAAGGUGAAGGUGGGUGACAAGGAGGUUGACGUCAUGACUGGCUUCUCACUCUUCCUUACUACUAAGCUGGGCAACCCCGCCUUCUCACCUGAGGUGAGUGCCAAGACUGCUGUCGUCGACUUCACCGUGUCCACAGAGGGUCUAGGAAACCAACUGCUCAACCUGGUCAUACUGACCGAGAAAAGUGAGCUAGAAAGUGAGAGAGUUAAGCUGAUUGAAGACGUGGCAGCCAACAAGCGCAAGAUACAGGAACUUGAAGACAGUCUGCUGUUCAGACUCACUAAUACAACGGGCCACCUGGUGGACGACGAAGGCCUCGUCGACGUGCUCGCGACCACGAAGACGACCGCGCUCGCCGUGAAGCAGAAGCUGGCGACGGCGGCCGAGACGGAGGCGAAGAUAACGGCCGCGCGCGAGGAGUACCGCCCCGUCGCGACGCGUGGCGCCCUCGUCUACUUCCUCAUCGUCGACAUGGCCGCCGUCAACGUCAUGUACCAGGUGGCGCUGAGGGAGUUCCUCGGGCUGUUCGACGAGGCCAUCGCGAGGGCGGAGCCGAGCGCGGUGACGAGUCGACGCGUGGCGGCCAUCGUGGCGUCGGUGACGCGGCACGUGUUCCGCCGCGUCGUGCGCGGAUUCUACGAGCGCCAUCGGCUUCUCUUCACGCUGCUGCUCGCCCUCACCGUAGACCUGCGCGCGGGCAAGAUCAGCCAGCAGGAUCUACUCACCCUCAUCAAGGGUGGUGCUGCAUUGGACAUAAAGGCAGUGGAGCCAAAGCCAUUCAAAUGGAUUUUGGACAUGACUUGGUUAAACCUGAUUCAGCUAAGCUCACUCAAGCCCUUCUCACAGAUUCUUGCUCACGUGAGUAGCAGUGAGCGUCAGUGGAAGCAGUGGUUCGACAGCAGCAGCCCUGAGACGGCCGUGAUACCUGACGGCUACCACAACUCGCUCGACACGCUGCACCGGCUGAUGCUGGUGCGCGCGUGGUGUCCGGACCGCACCGUCGCGCAGGCUCGCAACUACAUCACCGAGUCGCUGGGCGAGGAGUACAUAGAUAGCACUAUACUGGAUCUGGAACAGGUGUUGGCAGAGUCGUCUGUCCAUACGCCACUACUCUGUCUGCUGAGCAUGGGUGCUGACCCAAGCGGCAUCAUAGAAGCUCUCGCAAAGUCUCACAAACUAGAGUGUCGCGCUGUAUCCAUGGGGCAAGGCCAGGAGGUACACGCCAGACGCCUGAUGGCUAUAUCCAUGCAGAGUGGCGGAUGGGUGCUGCUACAGAACUGCCACCUUGGGUUGAACUUCUGUGACGAGGUCAUGGAUAUUAUGCUGGCGUCACGUGAGGUGGACCCAACGUUUAGGCUGUGGAUCACAACAGAAGUUCAUCCUCAAUUCCCUAUUGGGCUGUUGCAGAUGUCAAUUAAGUUCACAAACGAGCCGCCCAUGGGAGUCAAAGCAGGUCUGAAACGCACCUAUGCCGGGCUGACACAGGACAAGCUGGACGUGCACGCCGUGCCGCAGUGGCGCCCCCUGCUGUACGCCGUCGCGUUCCUGCACAGCGCGCUGCAGGGAGCGACGGAAUUCGGCGCUCUCGGCUGGAACGUUCCGUACGAGUUCAACGUGGCCGACUACGGCGCCACAGUGCAGUGUGUGCAGGACCACCUCGACGACGUCGACGCCAAGAAGCGAGGUUCACUACGGCGGCCGCGGGUCCACCGACGACCGCCGACAAGCGUCUGCUCUCCGCCUUUCGCCGCCGCCUGGUUUCCGCCGACGCCAUUCUGUUCUCGCCCCGGAGUUCCGUUUCCACGGCCGACGUACGGCGUCCCGCGCCUCGCCACCGUGGCGCAGUAUCAGAGCAGUGUGGCGAAGCAAACACUGGACACAAUACUGAGCAUUCAGCCGAAAGAUGUGAGCGACAGCAGCGGCGAGACGCGGGAGUCGGUCGUCUACAGAAUCGCUCAGGACAUGUUCGACAAGCUGCCUCCAGAUUACGUCUCGCAUGAGGUGAAGGCGAGGAUUCGCAGCCAGGGGGCACUGUCGUCCCUGAACGUCUUCCUGCGGCAGGAGAUAGAGCGCAUGCAGCACGUGCUGGCCGUGGUGCGCGCGACCCUCGCCGACCUUCGCCUCGCCAUCGAUGGCAGCAUCGUGAUGACCGACGCCCUCGCCGACACCCUCACCUGCCUCUACGACUCCAUCGUUCCGCACGGAUGGGCCAAGGUGUCAUGGCAGUCGAGCACUCUGGGCUUCUGGUUCACCGAGCUACUGGAGAGAGAUGCGCAGUUCAGAAGCUGGUGCUAUGUCGGCAGACCCUCCUGCUUCUGGAUGACUGGCUUCUUCAACCCCCAGGGCUUCCUCACUGCGAUGAGACAGGAGGUGACGCGAGCGCACAAGGGCUGGUCUUUGGACACGGUCGCGCUACAGAGCACCGUCACGCGUCACGCGCUCGAAGACGUCGCCGCCGCGCCGGAGGAAGGCGUCUACGUGCACGGCCUGUUCCUAGAGGGCGCCGGGUGGGAUCGGCGCGGCUGCAAGCUCGCCGAGUCGCGGCCGAAGGUGCUCUACGAGCCGCUGCCCGUCAUGCAUCUGUACGCGGCGGCGAGCGGCGGCGCGGCGGCGGCGACGAUGACGAGGUUCUACGAAUGCCCCAUCUACAAGAAGCCGACGCGCACGGAUGCAACGUACGUGGCGAGCGUGAAGCUGAGGACGACUCAGCCUCCGGACCACUGGGUGCUGAGAGGAACCGCGCUUCUGUGUGACAUCACGUAAAUAGCGACGAGGGGCAGUCCUGUUAUGUGACGUCACAAAAUUAGGGGAUGAGGAACGGUCGUGGGUUCUCGCCAUCCUGUUGUGUGAUGUCACAAAAUUAGGGGAUGAGGAACGGUCGUGGGUUCUCGCCGUCCUGUUGUGUGACGUCACAAAAUUAGGAGAUGAGGAACAGUCGGGGUUCUCGCCGUCCUGUUAUGUGACGUCACAAAAUUAGGGGAUGAGGAACAGUCGUGGGUUCUCGCCGUCCUGUUAUGUGACGUCACAAAAUUAGGGGAUGAGGAACAGUCGGGGUUCUCGCCGUCCUGUUAUGACAUCACAAAAUUAUAAUUAGCAGAUGAGGAGUCAGCAUCAUCACCUUCCUGUUAUGUGACGUCACAAAAUUAGAGGAUGAGGAAGUCAGAAUCCUCAUUAUCCUGUUAUGUGACAUUACAAAAUUAAGGAUGAGGAGCAUUCAGCCUUCAGACCACCUAGCUACUAUAGGCACAACAUCAUAUUGAAUGUGGAUGAAGAUAGACUUAUUACAAUAACUCAUGUACUAAUGAAAAUAUGAUUAUUUAUACAUAUUAUUUUACCAAAAUCAUGUUACUGUUAUACAUACAUUCAUAUUAAGGGAAACUCAUAUCGUAGUAUUAUAGAACUCAUCUGUACUUUUAUAUCACAUGUGAACUUAUUUUUAUACCUUUUAUACAUUCAUAUUCAAGUAAUAAUGUUUUGUAUCUUAAUCAUUGUGUAUCUUUCAUAUAGUCUUUCCAUUGUAAUAGUAAUUGUAUCUAUAUUUUUGUUAUUUUAAUCUAUAUAUAGUUGUUACACUUGUACAACUGCAUACUUGUUCGAUGCAGUCCAUUAUAGCCAUACAAAAUAUACAAACGGCAACAGUAAACUUACACAUACUCUUUAUUAUAGCACUUUGUCAAUAAAACACAUUUAUUUACAUUUUA